AUAGAACCAGGAGAUUCAUUACAGCCAGAGGACCCUGUCCUGAGCCAACUGAAUCCACUCACGUAUCUUCCAUGCGAUCUCUCUGCUUCACUUCGUCCGAUUAAAAUUUUGUAUGCAUUUAUCAUCUCAGUGUGCUACAUUCGACAGAAAACUUCGGAUAGUAGUAAAGGAGCUUGUACGGUAGUCGUGAAAGCCAACAUUACAGUUGUCUAACAAUGAGCUGGGUAGCAGUUACCGAUUUCCUGACCCCAGAACUUUUUUUUUGUGCAUCGUCACACCACAUGGGAUGUCUCGUUAUGCCUCUACACAAAUGGUUAUCAAUGAGCAAACGCUCGAAUCAAGCUGACCUCAAAACAAGAUUACGUAAGAGAACUGUCGAGAGGAAUUCUACGCACUGCAGUUGGGCUAAGCGAAGUUCGGGUGUCUUGCAACAAAUACAGAAGCAUGUCAUCUGGGGGAUGGUGUGGGCGAGGGGACCGACCACGAGUGUUCCCCAAACAGCCACCCGUUAUCUGCUACGACUCUCCACCUGCCGCCAGGGUCAACUGCAUCCGUUACGACGAUCUCCGCCUACAAGCCUUGAUGGGAAAGAGAGUUCUGGAAAUUACAGUGCCCAAGAAGUCAGCUGCAACAUGGGAAAUGAAAGAAGGAGAGCUAUGCAGGAUAACCGUCAUCGAGGGUUCUCAGGUUGGAGAUGUGAACUUCUGGAAUUUACAAAAUAAACGAGAAAGAUUUUAUUCUGGAAAAACAAGACAACUUCACGCAACCCACCUGACAGUAUAUGACCGACUUUGGAGUAACUUGCCCUAUCUCAGACCCAUGGCGACUGUGGUCGCAGAUUCGCUGAAGAAUUAUGGUAUAGACGAAGAUGGUGCUAGCGUUCAUGAUGUUAUUGGAACACGAUGUGAUGAUUAUACGUACAAACUCAUAACAGGCAAGGAGCGACAUGGAUCCUGCCACACAUACCUUACUGAAGCGGUCGCGAAAUUUGGUCUGAGUGAGCAGGAUGUUCAUGAUGUGUGGAACAUUUUCAUGUGUACUGGCUUUACCAAGGAUACGCACCAAUACUUUACAAAAGCGAGUCCUGCAAGAAAGGGGGACUACAUCGAGUUCAUAGCAGAUAUGGAUCUGUUGGUAGCAAUGUCCACUUGUCCACAAGGAGAUGUUUCAACACCAGUAGGAAAACCAGUUCCGGAUAAAAACUGCCAUCCACUUGGAGUAGAAGUAUUCCGAGCAAUAGACCAAAGUGUGAAAGAACACUGAUUAUACAUAAAUAUUUCUACUGAAUAAUCAGGAAAUAAACAAAAAAACAGAUAAGGAUAAACAUAAAAUUACUAAGUAAGUUUCUCAUGUGAUAACAUGUGAAACCCUUAGACCAUCAAUACAAUAGUUUCUCCUUAUAUUUGUAUUAACGGCUUUCAAGCGCAUUACUAAGCUCAUGAAAUGUGAUUCAAAGGGAACAAUAUUAAACUGACAGUGAAUUAA